AUGUCUUCACACUCUCAAGAGCAUAAAGCAACAGAGGUCGAACACCGUCUUAACGGCCUAACAAAUGGAGAUGGGAGCAACACAUUCAAGCUCGGAAACUUUUCUAUCGACGAGGCACGGCCAAUUAAAGUCAUUGUCAUUGGCGCCGGUUACAGUGGUAUCGUAGCUGGAAUCAGAUACCUUCAACGAGUUCCUAAUCUGACCUUGACAAUAUACGAAGCUGAACGAGGCAUCGGUGGAACCUGGCUCGUAAAUAAAUACCCUGGUUUGAAAUGCGAUAUACCCUCGCAUUCUUACCAACUCACUUUCGAGGAGAAUCCCAACUGGUCGUCCUUCUAUGCCUCCGGUCCUGAAAUUCGUGCUUAUCUCGACUCCAUCGUCGACAAAUACAAGCUCAUGCCAUACAUCAAACUUCAACACCGAAUGACCAAAGCGCGAUACUCUGAAUCUGAUGGCAAAUGGAUCGUUACCAUCCAGCGGCCCGCCGAACUAAGCCCGGGAGAAACGGCCAUACGAUUUGAAAAAUUUGAGGACACAUGCGACGUCUUAUUCACCGGAAUAGGAGUUCUUAGCAGAUGGAACUGGCCAGAAAUACCAGGGUUGGAAGAAUUCCAAGGCAAAGUAAUCCAUAGUGCGCAGUGGGAGACAGGGGAAGGCGGUCCUGAUGCUCCUUGGGAAGACACGGUUAAAAGUUGGGGAAACAAAAGAGUCGGCGUUAUUGGUGUGAUGGCACCAACGCUGUUCUUCAAGGGAUCUUCGGCAAUACAGAUCGUUCCCGCUAUCCAGCCAAAAGUAGCUCAGGUCGUUAACUAUGUUCGUGGAAAAACGUGGAUAGCAUCCAUCUUUGUACGUGAACCCCUCGUACAAUUGUCCGGGAGAGAAGAUGCUGAGAACUAUGAUUUCACUGAAGAUGAUAAGAAGAGGUUCCAAGAUCCUGUGUACUACAAGAAAUUCAGGCGAGACCUUGAAUCAGGACUGAACGAUGCUCACGCCGCCACGAUUCGCGGCCAUCCCCUCCAAGAUAUGGCAAAAACGGCGUUCAAAGAAAUCAUGGUCCAACGACUGGCGAAAAAGUCGUGGAUUGCAGAUCACCUAAUUCCGAACUUUGGAGUCGCAUGUCGACGGUUGACCCCAGGACCUGGAUACUUGGAAGCGCUCUGUGAAGAGAAUGUUGACUUUGUUCCCUCACCUAUCAAGAAAAUUACACCAACAGGCAUCGAAACCGAGGAUGGGGAUCACAAGGAAUUGGAUGUGAUCGUCUGUGCCACAGGAUUCGAUACUUCUUGGCACCUCCCUUUCCCUUUCAUUGGGCGAAAUGGGAUCGACCUUUCUGACAAGUUCGCUUCUCAUCCGAGAACAUACCUCUCCGUGGCCGUCGAUGGGUUCCCAAACUGGUUUCAAUCUUUGGGCCCAAACAGUGGCGUUGGGGCUGGCUCGCUUUUACUGCUGAUGGAACGACAAGUUGAUUAUGCCGUUGCAGCGACCUUGAAAGUGCAGAGAGAAAGAUUGAAGAGCAUCGAGGUCAAAUCCAAGGCCGUGGAUGACUUUGAUGAGUAUUUAAUGAGCUAUUUCCCCACGACCGUAUUUGGCGAAAAAUGUAGAUCGUGGUAUAAAGCUGGACGAGAGGAGGGACGCGUUUCCGCGCUGUGGCCAGGCUCUACUUUACAUGCGACAAAGGCCCUGAAGCAUCCUCGGUGGGAAGACUUCAACUACGAGCGAUUAGACCCAAACCGGCUUCAUUGGCUUGGAGAUGGCAACACGGUUGCAGAUAAGACACCAGGAAGUGACAAAACGUGGUACCUCAGUGAUGAAGAAAUAGACUAUCCGCUUAGUGAGUGCAUACGCAGUCUAGUCAUUAGAGCAAUUCGCCGAUGGACUCCCGCUGUUUAG